ACAUAUAAAUACUAAAUAUGCAUUUAUAACUUGCAGCACAGUUCAUGGACCUUGCUGUCUGUACUAACUUACCUCAUUUUCAGAAUCAUUUUCAGAUGAAUGUCUGUUUCGUUUGAAUUUCGCUGUGUUCUGUCUUAAUUCCUCCUUUUUUGCUCCAUUGUACAGAACUAUGUCCUUCUUACCGACACAAUAUUGUCUUGCUCCUCUUUUUGAAAGAGCAAAUUCACACUAAAUCACAUCCGGCAGAAAACAAUUGCUGCAUUGCUCUUUAUACGCUGAAACAAAGGCUCUCCCCUGGGAAGGAGACACCACUUUGAAAUGGCCACUAUAGGCAUUUUAAGCACUGUAAGUGCAAAGUAAAUGGAGGUCACAUAGUCAACUCCACUAAAUCGCAUUAACUAACAUUUGUUGCUAGAUAUAAAUAUGUCCAAUGCAUUUGAUAUAUCUCAGACUUAUUUAUAUUGGAAAGACUUUUAUUUUCCUAAGUCAGUACAACAUUGCUAUUUGUAAAUACCUUUCUGCCCCAUUCAAUCAGCAUUGAGUUAAAACCACUAUGGCUGCUGGCUGCUGUAAUAUUUCUAAUGUUAAUAAUAACCUUUAUGGUUAUUUGGAAAUAAUUCCUUCAGGAACCUGGAAAAAAUUAGAAUGUUCAAGGUUGAGGACUCACAUACUGUAAGUCACAUUGUUAGCCAUGGAGCCUUAACUCAACCUUUUGAUUGUGUUGGGGUUGUGAAUUUCUUCGAAACAUUUCAAUCAUGUUACGCUUCUGGCUACACUCCAAUCAGUGAUGUCCUAGCAGGGGACUGUUUAAAACAGUUGUGUACCCCUUUACAACAUGUCGCAUUUCAGAUUUGUUUGCGAGGUGAAAGCGAUACAUCUACUGUACAGUGUAAACUAGGGCUGCAACUACCAAUAUCUUUUCAUGAUCGAUUCACUUUUACUUAUUUGAUUAUCUUGAAUUUCUUUUAAUUAAUCGAAUGAACGCUAGGCUGAUUACUCUAAAGUCUAUUAAAUGUUAGAAAAUGUUGAAAAAUGUUGAUCACAAUGUCCUAGAUACCUCGGUGACGUCAUCAAAUAACUGUUAUUUAAGAUAUUACAGUGCUCCCAGUUAAUGGACCGGUCGUUUCAGUACUAGUGAAAACUCAGCAGAGAAUUGCACGUUUUCAUGUGAACAGUCCAGUCUAAUCAGCCAUCAGUACAGCAUGAAGCACAGUUUGGGCCCCAUUAACAUAUAUUAAAAUACUUAGUGUCAAUAUUUGCUCAAAGAGGACCCACAGCACUGCACUCCUAUGCCACUAAAGUAGCAACUGGUACAACUUCCCAUUAGGACGUUCAGUGCUCCGCUGUUUGCAUUUAACGCUAAGCAGCACUGAGCACACAGCUCUGAUUGAGUGUUGCUUCAUAGGUUGGAGUGUGUCAGAGGUGCAACAUACUAAAAAGUUUGACUCCAGUGAUGGUCCAGCAGAAGUUUCCUGCCUGGUGUGACUCAGCUCGUUUUACUCUUUAAAUGCACACAGAGUUUGUGUGUGGUUCUGUUUUCCUGACCCGUGUCGCUGCUUCCACAGACACCGCUGUUUACAGUCUCCUUUGUGUGAUGUGACGUGUAGUUGCAUUGCAUGGCGAUAACCUGGAGCAGUGGUGUGGUGUGUUGUGUUGUGUGUGUGUUGUGUGUGUGUGUGUGUGUGUGUGUGUGUCUGGCUUUAGAUCCAGGCCCGGCCCGGCCCAGUCCAGACCCCUAACCCUCUAACAGUGAUGUAUCUCCUUUGCUUCCCUCCUUUCAUCCUACCCUACGUUUCUCCUCACUCUCUCUCAUUUGCACCACUUUACUUCUUUUGUCCUCCUCCUUUUUCCAUCGUGUUCUUCUGCUAUCCCUCACUCUCCUCGACUACCUCCUCUCCUCCUCUGCACUGCCUUUGUUUGCUCCCCUCUGUCCCACCGCUGUUUCUGCUGCUGUUGCUGUAGAUAGUGUUGUCGUCUCUGCGCUAUGGCAUAAUCUCUGGCUCCUGGGUGGAGCGGGUUCACCUGUGGCGCUUCAAGGGCGUCAUUCAGUGCCUGCCUAUUAUCGCCACAACCUUCUGCUGUCACCCGUAAGUAAACCACGGAAACCACCCCUGAUUUAACACCACCGUAAGGGCAGUUGUGGGGGGGGGGAAUGAUGGAAGCCAGAUGUUUUCCCCUGCAUCUGUAAACCCCCCCCCCCCUCCUCCAACCUACCUGAAUCUUCCACCUACUCCUCUCUGUCAUCCCCAUUUUUCACCUUUUAAUUUGUCUGAGCUAUUUCAGCUCUGUGAGUGUGCCUAUUAUGUGUGUGUGUGUGUGUGUGUGUUUGUUUGUUUGGUGGCAGUAGUAGUAAGGCAGAGAAGUGUAACCUACUGAAGUGAAAGUUUCAUCUUUGCUGCCCUUCUGCUACCGCCCCACACCCAGGAUGGGCAGCCUGGGUGUGGAUGUGGGAGGCUGAAGGGUUAUGGAGGGUUCUGCUGUCCUUUGGGACUUUAUCAGACAGGUGCUGCCGACCUACGACAGCCUGGACGAGCCGUCCGUCAAACGCAUGAGCACCAUCUUCACCUCUUCCCUCAACGUAGUCACCAUCUUCUACAUCACUGUGGGUUUCUUUGGCUACGUCAGUUUCACUGAUAACAUCGCAGGCAACGUGCUGAUGAACUUCCCAUCCAACCUUGUGACUGCGAUGAUUCGCGUGGGCUUUAUGAUGUCUGUGGCCGUCGGAUUCCCCAUGAUGAUCCUGCCCUGCCGCCAGGCCAUCAACACCAUGCUUUUUGAGCAGCAGCAGAAGGAUGGGACGUUUGCUGCCGGGGGAUACAUGCCUCCUCUGCGCUUCAAGAUGAUCACCCUCUGCAUUGUGUUUGGCACCAUGCUGGGAGGCAUUCUCAUCCCCAACGUGGAAACCAUUCUGGGUCUGACUGGAGCCACUAUGGGCAGCCUCAUCUGUUUCAUAUGCCCUGCUCUCAUCUACAGAAAGAUCCAGAAGAAUGGCUUAAUUUCUCAGCUGGUGCUUUGCGUGGGUCUGGGCAUCCUACUGGUCAGCACCUUCACCACCCUCUCAAUUUCAUCUAGAAGCCCCGGCACCAAGGUCCAAGCUCCUCCUCCUCCAGCACCUGUCAAGCACAACCUGCCGCUACCGGACUUCCCUGAACAGCACGACAAUCCACCAAACAAGAAGCCAGCGGAGAUCGAGAAACCUGAGCUUCCAGCUGUGCAGGUGGUGCAGCCUGAAGAGAGGGGCCCAGCUGAGCCCCCCCAGAUUAAAGGACCAGUGGAACUACCUGACCGGAAAAAGGAUGAAGAGGUGCAAUUGGACCGCCCUGAUGCUGGUGUUGCGGUGCCAGAGGGUGAGGCCCAUCGCCACGAACCUCCCAUCCCUCAUGACGAGGUCCAGGUGGACACAAGAGAUGAAGGGCCAGGUUUAGGGGACGCUGUGAAGGUAGCGGACAAAAAAGACGACAAAGUUGAAGAGAAACCGAAGCCUGCUGAGGCUGUUGUGGGGAAAGAGGAAGUGGAUUUGGGUGGUGGUGAAGUCCGGUCCAAUGAAGUGGUGGAGAAGCCGGUUGCAAAGGCAGACAAAAAGCAGGACGUCCCCCUGCCAAAGGAAGUGGAGAAGCUCGAGCCUGUGAAAGAUCCUCAGGCUGCGGUGGCACAAGUCGAUAAAGCGGGCAAAGCUCCAGAUGCUGCUGGGAAACGUGAGGCUCCACUUCCUGAAGGAGAGCACCAUCCUGCUGCAGACGAGGCUCCAGGUAUAGACAGCAAAGAUACGGCAGACGAGAAGAUGGACGUGAUAAAAAAGCUGGUUGCAGAGGGCCAGCUGGACCACGCCGUGCUACUGCAGGUGAUCAAGGAGCAGCAAGAGCAACAGAAGAGACUUCUUGACCAGCAGGAAAAACUACUGGCUGUCAUAGAAGAGCAACACAAGGAAAUCCACCAGAAACAACCGGCUGGGGCUGCUGAAGGUGAGGCAGAGAAAGGCAUCCAGGAGGGGGUGGAAGAUGGAGCAGCAAAGCCCAAAGAGCCUGGCCUGGACUCAGACCUGAAGCAGCCCAAGGAGGAAGCUGGAGCCGGAGCUGCCGAGCCUCAUCCCGCAGCCCAGAAUCAAGUGCAGGCCUGGGAUAAGGGUGCCGAGGUCGUAGCUGUUCAGGCGGCUUACAAGGAGGAUGACCAUGUUGCACUCGGAGGAGAAUCCCAUAAGCAGAGUGAGCUUGGGGCAAAGGGAGUGCCACUGGGAAAGAAAAGACCUGAGGACCGUCAGCCUGUACCUAAUGAUCAGGCAGCUCAACUUGAAGAUGAAGAAAGAAGCCUAGAUAAGGAAAAAGAUAAAACUGAAAAUCUUAAGAAGGAACAGAUAGAGAAAGAAGUUCAGGCAAGACUGGAAAAAGAACUGCUUGAGAGAGAGCUAAAGGAAAAGAUGGCCAAGGAGCAGGAGUUAGAAAAGGAAAGGAUAGAGAAAGAAGUGCAGGCAAGAUUGGAAAAAGAACGGCUGGAAAGAGAGAGAAAAGAAAUGCUGGCCAAAGAGCAGCAGUUGGAGAAGGAGAGAGUUGAGAAAGAAAACAUAGAGAAAGAAGUGCAGGCCAGGGUGGAAAAAGAACGACUAGAAAGGGAGAGAAGAGAGAAGCUGGCCAGAGAACAGGAGUUGGAGAAAGAGAGAGCACUAAAGGAGAAACAGGAGAAAGCUGCAGAAGAGAGACAUCAGCAGGAGAUGCAGAAAGCACACAAUGAAAUACUUGAGAGAGCAAAGAAAGAGAAAGAGGCGGAGGAGGCUCGGGAGAGGCUGGCCCAGCUGGAGCGAGUCGUAGAAGAAAGAGAGGCUGCACAGGGGGCUGAGAGGGAAGACGCUGAAGCUUUGAAGAAAGGAGGACGAGACCUCAAAGAGGAAGCUGCUGCUCAGGCGGACCCAAGAGAAGGUGUGGAAGCCGGGGCCGUCAAAGCCGGGGCUCAGCCCCAGGGCUCCCACGAGAAGUUCAGGGACCAGGGAGAGAUGGAUCUGAGGCGGAGGCGCAGGGCACUGGGACCCGGAGAAGCUGGAGGGCCCCCGGAGGAGCCCGGGGUGCCCAGGGGGAUGCCGAGGCUGGAGCCCCUGCUGGAGCUGGGGGGCUCCGACCUGCACGCGGCCCUGGAGGAGCAGCUACUGGCUGGGGCAAUGGUGCACACGCGGCAGAUUAAACAGGCCUCAGAGGAUGCGGGAACGAAAUAAAGCAUCAGACACACACACACACACACACACAGAUUCUCACUCAACGAUCGGGCAGCAAGUUCAACACCUACUGUACAGUUGCAGGAAACUUGUAAUACUGUGGACCGUGAUAUUGUUGCCUUACUUUCUUUCUCUCCUUCAGAAAUGUUGUGGACAAAGAGGGACAGUUUCUCUUCCUUGAUACUGUCUACUGUGGAAAUAACGCAGUCUUUAUUAAAGAGCAAAGUGCAUGUACAUAUUAACUUAUUUUUGUCUUUAGGGAGGACAAUUUUGAAGAGGUCACUGUUGAAAUGUAUAUAAAUCUAUGCAAAUACCAUUCCAUAGAGUGAUUAGACAGGGAGGGUGUAUUAAUGUUUGUAUUUCAGUCACCCAAGUUCCUUUUUAUUCACCAGCUUUUUAGAGUUUGGCUCUCUGAAGGAUCUGUUGUGCUCUCUCCUGUGCCGUUUUUCUGUUAAAAGUUCAGUUUGUGUGUAUGUUACUUUGAGAUGUAAAUAUUGUAAUAUCUGUUACGGUUUAAGGUUUCUUUGAACAUACAUGUACCGCGUAUUGGAUGUAAUGUGGGUUCAGGUGCCUUAGAUUAAGAGUUGUUUCACUAUAUCUUCAAAUGAAAGGAACUGAAUUCAACCUCAUGCUGGAGCUACGGAUUACGUAGUGUAGCCUUACAGUUUGAUAAACUGUGGACAACAAAGCAGCUAGAUCCAGAUCAUAAGUUACCAAUCAUUCCAUCUUAAAUAUAUAUUCCUUGUUGAUUUAUCAGUGCCUUCCAAUGCAUAUGCUGCUGUUUUAUCAAAACAAAUGUGGCAGUUUUUCCUCCAUUUGUGUUCUUUUUGCUUCCACUCUUAUUGUAAAGAGUACAGCAAUUAUGAGAAAAUAACAUUGUUGAGGACAGUGGAAGGAAAUAUGGAGGGAGUUUGUAGUGUUUCUUAGUAAUCCAAAAUUCUCAAAAUUUCUGUUGGACCUUUGCUUUGUACAAGAGGCUAUUUUUUCUAUGUGCGUUGUAUUUCUGUACAUUUUGCUAAUAAUGAAUAAAAACAUCUAUUACA